AGCGGAGUCUCUCUUUCAUGCGAUCCUGGUCAUUGCAGCCACCCUCACCGUCACCGACACGGUGCUCGUGCUGCGACUCUUUGAAUACGGCUAUGGCAGACUGGAAGACCAAAUACCCGCUGCGAACAAGAUACCGAUUGGAAAACUCAGCAUGGCCAUAUUCACCACCUUUCCGCUGUGCUACUCGCUGAUUCGCAUUUCGAUUGUUUUGACCUACUUGAGGCUGUUCCCGGCGCAGACGAAUAAGUGGUUCUGCUAUGCGUUGUUUGCCGCGCAGACCAUUUAUGCGCUUUGGGCGGGGCUUAUGACGCUUUUGCAGUGCAAGCCGGUCAAAGGAUACUGGCUCGCGGAUAUCGAGAAAUCAUGCAUCGACCCGAAGAAGCAGGACAUGGCCAUCUUGGUUCUAAAUAGCGUCUUCGAUAUUAUCGUGUACACGUGGCCAGCGCACUACCUGUACAAACUGAACCUCCCCGCCAAGAGCCGAGCUGGGUUGAUUGCGCUCUUCAGCAUUGGAAUAGUCAACAUCUCGCUCAGUUUCACGCGCCUGAGUCUGCUGAUCUCCAUGUACGCGACCAAGGAGUGGACAAAGUACGGUAUUUGGGGAUGCAUGUGUAUCGUGCUCGAAGCCAAUGUUGGGGUCAUGUGCGCCUGCCUGCCGUACCUGAAGUUCCUGUACGACUUCGUAAACAACCACAUCGUCACCCGCAUCGCCGAGUCCUUCCACUCGCGCUCGCGAACACGCACGCGGACAAAGACGAAGUCGAAACUCUCGGACCCGAACCAUGAGCAUCCAUUCCAGGAGCUGGGCGAAGGGUCCGGAAUACACCGCAAGACAGACAUCACAGUAUCGACGGUCGACGAUGAGCGCCCUGCAGGGGUGCCCAAGGGCUAUGUGCGGAACGAGGUGGUGCGGAACGACAUCAGACGGCACGAGAACGACUUCGAGAGGAGACAAAGGGAGACGGGGCAGCAGAGCCGAAGCGGCGAGAGUGUGCUGCUCGAGUAGUGUCUGUACUCCGGAUGUAACGCCAGCAGCACGGCUCGGCACAACCGGGACCCCGCCCGUGGCGCCACCGCAUCCCUCGGCUCCAGCCACACGCGCGGCGCUAUGUCCAAAACCCGCACGCCGCGAAAUUGGCCACUGGAUGGCCACUGGAUGGCCACUGGAUCUUCGCUCUCGUCAGACCUCUCGCCCUCCUCAGGUAUAAUACGAGCACCGCCGCCAGCA